ACGCAUACACAUACUAAAACAUGUUUAGUACCCCGACUGUGCUUUUAUGUCUAUGACAAUUGACUAAAUGUUCAAAAUAAAAGUUUCGGACAAAAUGAGUAACUACACAGAAACCUAGCACCGAGUAUAUGAGUAUAGCUGUUUUUAAUUUUAUUUAUUUCGUUUUUUUAAUACUUGCUUGGGAAACACAACCGUGAGAGAGAAAAACACGAAAAACGAAUCAAUCAAUCGAUCAAAUAAUAAACGCGACACUUUUUUCUGCCGUUAUGAUUCGUAAAUAGUCGUGAUGACGUCGCUGGCGCUCGCGCCGCUGUCGGCCAAUCAGAGGCGCCGGCCCCGCCCCUCCGCUUCAGUCCGCGCGCGGUAAACCGGGCAGAAUGAGCGCGUCCGCGACCGACGCGAUGUUCCUGAGCGACGAGCAGGUCGUGAACCGCUGGGGCUUCGACUACUACGUGUUCAAGGCCCUCGGCGCCUUCAGGGACGGAGACUACGCGGCCUUCGAGCACUUCACGCGGGUCGUCGAGAGUCUGGUGCUCAGGCCCGUGGACGGACGCGGCGACAUGAGUCAGCUGCGCUUCAUGCAGUUCCUGUCCCGGAUCAACAACGGAGACAGGCUCGAUCUGAUGUUCGAGGAGCCCCAGACCCCUCUGGAGUCGGCCCUCAGCGUCCUGGAGACCAUCUGCAGGGACAUGAGCGUCCCCCAGAGACAGCAGGAGCAGGUGCGGCACGCCAUCGUCGAGACGCUGGUCGUGGUGUGUAUCCGCAGCGGAGAGUUUGAGAAAGCUGAGGAGCUGCUGCUGAGACUCUUCAGUGACUCCAACGAUUCAGCAGGAAGAAGGAAGCUGCUGAUGAAUCUGAUUCGUCGUCGUCGUUCUUCUCACUCGGUUCUUCAGCUCAGCUCGUUCAGUGACUUCAAGCAGGACAUGCUGGACUUCCUGGAGCAGCUGUACCGUGUCCCGGGCCCUUCCUGCUGCAGGUGCCGCGCCCUACGCUCGCCCUCAGACCAUCCUCAGAGUGUCUGCUCUUCACUGUGUGUGUGUGUGUGUGUGUGUGUGUGCAGAUGCGGUGUGUGUGCGGCUCGUCUCAGUCUCGCGGGCGCUGCAGCGGGUGUACUGGCGUGCUCCGAGCGCUACGCUGUGAGCGUCUCCUUCACGCAGCUGCAGCGGGAGCUGGAGGACGAGAGCCAGGAGCCCGGAGGGCCCACGCCGGACAGACGCAGACAGAAGAGGAUGGUCCUGUCCAGUGAAGAGGAGUCUGAGGAGUCCAGCAGACACAGACAGAAGAAGAAGAAGCGAUCACAGCUCGUCUCCAGCUUCACAGACACACCACCGACACAGCUCUCCGUCCGGAGGAACUCACAGCAGGAAGGCCCGGUGGGAGGAAGUGUCGGGAUGCAGGAGAACUGGAGCGAUGAGGAGUCACUGUUCGGCUCCUCUUCAGGCCGCUCCAGCAGGAAGUGCAGCAGGAAGAUGUGGACGCUGCAGGAGUCGGAGUGGCUGAAGGAGGCGUGCAGCGUUGCGGGAGUGGGACACUGGGAGAAGAUCCGCUCGUCCUUCCCCUUCGCGGGCCUUACGGCGGUCAACCUGAAGGACCGCUGGAGGACCAUGCUGAAGCUCAGGCUGGUCUGACACACACACACACACACACACACACGUUUUAUCAUGUUUUUAGGCCUUGUGUUCCUCAUUAAACACUGGUUCAUUCAUUCAUUCCCUGAAAGUGUGUUCUUGAUGUUCGAGGAGCUCCUG